AAAUAAUAAACUGGAAGCACACAAUAGUCAAUUUGAAGACUGAGGGGCAUUUUAUAAAAGAAAUUAAAAUUUCACGUUUUAAAUUUGAUAAAGAAAAAUAUUCAAUUUGAUUAACAUAACAAUUAAUUAAUUGAAUUAUUUUAUUUUAUUUUAUUUUACUUCUGUGAGAUCGUCGUCCACUUCAGCCACAAUCAAACCAAAGCCUUCAAUUUCGUCUCUCUGCUCCAAUUCUUAGCCCAUUCUCUAAGCUACGCAUCCCCGGCGUACGUUAUGGACACUCCUUCUUUUCUCUCCAAGGCUAGGACUGCCUUCCAUUCUGCUGCGGCAAAAGCGGAGCGCGUCUUCACUGACUUCAAAUCUGACCGAGAUUCUGAUAACACAUCUCCCAAUUUACAAAAUGGAGGCCAGUCGAAGGGUCACAAUGAGGCCAAACAUUUGUAUACACAGCGGAGGCAUGCUCCUCUGGGGAGAAAACAUGAUUGGCAAGAUAGGUUGCGGAACAUAAGAAUAGGAAGAAGAGGAGCUGAAGAACCUGAGAAAGUUGAUAGCACAACACUGGCAGCUCCAUAUGAUGAUGAAAAUUUGUACAUACUUAACAUGAAAAAUGAUCUUGAAGCAAAGGGAACAGAUGUUAACUCCUUGCUAGAACGUUUGACUUCCACCGAUGUAAAUAGAAUUCCUCCAGUGUCUGUUUUGAAGCAAUUGGCUGUAGCUGUUGAGAGUGGAACGAAUUUUAGGUCAAUAAAGGAUUCUUUGGCAUCAUCUGGGAGUUUUUCACCUGUCUUUGAAAGGGCGGGUUUGAGUCUCUCCAGUGUAAAAUCAUUAGUUCUUCGUGACAAAGAUGAUAAACUUGCAUCUGACUUCUGCAACGAUGAGAAAGUAAUGUCGUUGAUUCAGUCAUUAUUUGAUGCAGAGGGAAACUUUCUCAGAAGGAAGAUUUAUUCUGAUUCAAUGACGUCUACUACCUUGGAAACUUUGCCCAGAGAUAUUCAUGGUGCUCCUCCUCAAAGCUUUGUCAUUAAGCUAGCUGAAGUUAUUGGAAGCUUUAAAACCCUGCAAAGAAUGGCAUUGUUCUGGUGCAUGGUAGUUUCUGAACUAAGAAGACUUUGGUCUGAGGAGCAACAUAUUCCUGGCAUCCCCAUGGAUGAGAUACCAGAUCUAGACUCCUGCCUUUUGUAUCAGCAAUUGCAGGUUAUCAAUUGUUGUCUUUCAAGGAAAAGGCGUCGCAUUAUUGCCACUGAAUCAUUAGAUUGUUUGAUGAGGCAAUCCAGUUCAAAUGUUGAGGGUUCAUCUCUUUCUAUGGAUACACCUCCAGCAAGCCCUGUUUUGUAUGCUAGAUUAAGCAAUGGUGAACUUGUUCUCCGACUAGGUGCUGAUCAUCCAACCGAUUUAACAUUGUUGGAAACUGGUGAACCUGUAUACUUCCCCAUCACUCAGGAAGGGCCUUUGCUUACGGAAGAUCUUAUUAAAGAAACAGAGGAGUUAGUGAUUCGAACAGGGAGUGUUGGUGCUGGAUGUUCUCAGCUCCUCUCUGACAUGCAGGCUUUCAAGGCUGCAAAUCCGGGUUGUAUUUUAGAAGAUUUUGUUAGAUGGCACUCUCCCCCUGAUUGGACUGCUAGUGAGCAGAGUAAUGAAAAUGAGUUUGAUGGCUGUGAUUGUUCAUCUGCAAAGGGUCAACUAAGUCGUCGAAUGAAAAAAGAAGGUAAUUUGUGGGUUGAACUUUGGGAAACAGCUAAGCCAGUGCCAGCUGUUAAACAAGUCCCCCUCUUUGAUGAGGAUUUAGCAGUGGAAGGAAUUUUGAAUAGCUUAGAGGACAUCUCACCAGCUGAGCUUUUUGAACAAUUGUUUGUUUCAUUACUUGGUUUGGGAUUUGUAUUCGCUGAGGCCAAUCUCUCCACUGAUGAUAAUUUGUCCAAGCUUUUCCAUGAGUUCAAAGACUAUGUUGUUGCCACUUUUCAAGGAAGUGCCUGGAGUGAGAAGAUUGAUGAUAUUUGCCAGGUUUAUGAAACGGUGGAGAGAAUGUUAACUCAUCCCAAGGAAGUCCUGAUGAAUCAGGCAGAAGGAAUGACCUCAACUGCAGAUGAACUGAAAAACCGAUUUAAGAGACUCACUCACAACUUUGUCAAGGAUAGACAACAGAGGAAACUCGCCAUAAAAGAUCUGAAGAAUUCAGAUGAAAAUCUGGGUUCACUGCAUCAACCAUUCGCAAGCUUCUUUGAUGGCAAGUCGCCAUUAUUCUCGAAGAAGCCUCCAAAAUCGGAUUGCCUGGCCCCAGCUUGUGAGAAAUCUGCUUGUCCAGUUGAAACUGAUUGGACAAUUGUUUGAUCAUACCUUCAUUAUUUUUUUAAUCUUUUGCGAUGAAGGAGUAUGUAUGGUUUUGCAAGUAACUGUAAAUUAUCUGAUCUGUAAAAAUUACAGGAUAUUCUUUGUUAGGCGUUUGGUCUUGUAUAACAAGAAAAUUUGCAGCCAAAUACAGCUAAGAGCAUCACAGCAUUGUAAUUUACAAGAAAGUGAGACUGGGGGAAAAGAAUUUGACCGUAACGAAGGUGACGAACCUUGUUUGGAGAAAGACCGAUAUGUCACAGGACUUCGGUGGAGAUGUGGCGUCGAGAACCGGUGAAUAAUGUGAAUCAGUGACGAUGCUUGGGAUUGACAAAGUUGGUGUAGAAAGAGAAGAUUUGAACUACCAUGCAAAGGUGGUAACAAGAUCAAGUGGAGGACGAAAUUUGCGUGGUGGACAGUGAGAUUUGGGAGUAAGACAAAUGGAUGACAACGAUUAAAUAAGAUGCGUGUAAUAUUAAUCUUAUUAUAUAUUCCUAUAUAAAGUGAUAAAAAUAUUAAUUAAAUUAA